AUGAAGUAAAGAAUAAAGAUUGUCUUUUAGGAAGAGUAUAAUUUAGAAAACUUAAUAGAUAUUAAUAGGAAAAGGAAGUAAAUCUUAAAUAAACCAAAAUAAAAAUAUAGUGAUGAUGAGAUUUAAGAUUAAUCUGAUGAAAGUGAUAUAUCGGAACAGAUUUAUGAUUGGCGAUUGGAUUUAGUUAUAAAUUCACCCAAUUCAAGAUUUAUUGCAUUUAAUAUCAACAAGGAAAACGAUUAUGAGGAAAGAUGCUAUUUUCAUGUUAUUAUUGAUACAUUAACAAAAAAGAUUAAGUAUCAAAGAAAAUUUUAUGAUAAUACCAAAAUGUUAUUUACUUAUGAUUCAAAAUAUCUUAUAAUAGAAGAUGAUUCAGAAAAUUUUCUUGUUGAUUUAGAGACAUUUAAAGAAAUAUCAAUUGAUAAAAAGCAUGAUUCAAUUAUUUCAAUUGAUUAUGAAAAUAAUAUUUAUAAACUUAGUUCUAAAUAAAAUAAACCUAUUGUUUUUUGCAUUUAGGAUAAUUAAUAAUAAACAAUUAAUAUCAAUUAAGAAAUAAUGAAUGAAGUAUUAAUUAACUUUGAAAAACUGUACUAAAAUUAUGCAUUUGUUAAAACCUUAAGAAAUAACUUUUUAGUUUUUUUAUCUAAUAAUAAAAUACUUUAAAGAAGUUUAUAAAAGAAUUAUAAUUAAGAUAGCCAAAAUUGGAUAUUUAAUAAUUCUAUUAUUGUAUAAUAAGUAAAUAAACCAAAUUAAAUUUAUGUUCAGAAACUCAAUAAUUUUAAAAUUAUUAGGAAAUUUAAGUAUCUAUAUGAUGAUCUAAUAUUUAAAAACGACUAAUCUAUUUAUAAAUACAAUUUUUCUAAAUUAAAUUAUAAGGAUGGAAAUAAAAUAGAAAGAACAAAUCUCAUAACAGGAAUUACAAUUAAACCUGAUUUAGAUUUAGGAAAAUAUAAUAGAAAUUAUUAUAAAUAAGUAUUUAUUACAUAAAAAUAUUUUGUUGAUCUUGCAAAUAAAAAACUAAGAUAUUUUAGAAUUUUAGAUUGA